CAGAGGGCCCUGCACACGGCUGAAUUGACUGGAGGCAGAGCUAUUCCCCAGGGAGGGACUGCCCCCUUCCCCCCACCCCAGCCUGAUAUCACCGGGGCCCCAGGGCAGUCAGGCGCUCUGCGAGCUGUCCACCCCCGGCUGCGGGGCUCGUGCAGCUGCCCUCUGGGUGCCCGGCUUGUGACAUUCUCCAAGGCCACUGGCAGAGCACGCACUCUUCUCUGAGUCCUGCAUCCCUGGACUCCUGCGAGGCCCUGAGCUGAGUACCCAACAGGAUGCCUGGCCUCCUGAACCGCAUCACAGGGGCAGCCCUGCCCCUCACUGCGUCUGAUGUCACCUCCUUCGUCAGUGGUUACGCCCUGGGGCUGACUGCCUCUCUCACCUAUGGCAACCUGGAGGCUCAGCCCUUUCAGGGACUCUUCGUGUAUCCCCUUGAUGAGUACACCACAGUGAUUGGCUUUGAGGCUGUAAUUGCUGACCGCAUCGUGACAGUACAGAUCAAAGACAAAGCCAAGCUGGAGAGCGGCCACUCGGAGGUCUCCCGUGUCCAACCUGCCACUGUCACAGGGAACAUUCUGCAAGAGGGGGUUUCCAUCACCCCUCAUUCCUGCACACCGGGAAAGGUGGCCUUGGAUGAGGAUUUGGAGCGGAUCCUGUUCGUGGUCAACCUGGGGACCAUCGCCCCCAUGGAGAACGUCACCAUCUUCAUCAGCACCUCCUCGGAGCUCCCAACGCUGCCCAGCGGGGCCGUGAGGGUCCUUCUGCCUUCUGUCUGUGCCCCCACUGUGCCUCAGUUCUGCACCAAGAGUGCUGGCUCCUCCCACCAGCAGGCUCAGAGCAAAGACCGGCACUGCUUUGGCACCCGAGCUGUGGACUCCUGGAACAGACUGUGCCUGGCGACUCUCCUGGACACUGAGGUGUCCAACCCCAUGGAGUAUGACUUCAACUUCCAGCUGGAGAUCCGAGGGCCAUGUCUGCUGGCAGGGGUGGAGAGUCCCACGCAUGAGAUCCGCGCGGAUGCUGCCCCAUCUGCCCGGUCAGCCAAAAGCAUCCUUAUCACCUUGGCCAACAAACACACUUUCGACCGGCCCGUGGAGAUCCUCGUCCACCCCAGCGAGCCCCACACGCCACAUGUCCUGAUGGAGAAAGGGGACAUGACCCUGGGAGAGUUUGACCAGCACUUGAAGGGAAGAAUGGAUUUCAUUAAAGGGACCAAGAAGGACAGCAGUGCGGAGCGGAAGACAGAAAUCAUCCGGAAACGCCUCCACAAAGACAUUCCCCACCAUUCGGUCAUCAUGCUCAACUUCUGUCCUGACCUCCAGUCUGUGCAGCCGAACUUGAGAAAGACCCAUGGGGAGUUCAUCUUCCUCAUCGACAGAAGCGGCAGCAUGAGUGGGACCAACAUCCACCGUGUCAAGGAUGCCAUGCUAGUGGUCCUUAAGAGCCUCAUGCCAGCCUGCCUCUUCAACAUCAUUGGUUUUGGGUCCACGUUUAAGACUCUCUUCCCUUCCAGCCAGACCUACAAUGAGGAGAGCUUGGCCGUGGCCUGUGAUAACAUCCAGAGAAUGCGGGCUGACAUGGGUAGCACUAACAUCCUCUCCCCUCUCAAGUGGAUCGUCAGGCAGCCAGUUCACCAGGGCCACCCACGUCUCCUCUUCCUGAUCACAGAUGGUGCCGUAGGCAACACCGGGAAGGUGCUGGAGAUACUGCGGAACCACGCCUUCUCUACCAGGUGCUAUAGCUUUGGAAUUGGACCCAAUGUCUGCCACCGACUGGUGAAAGGGCUGGCAUCUGUGUCCAAGGGUAGCGCUGAGUUCCUGGUGGAGGGAGAACGGCUGCAACCCAAGAUGGUCAAAUCCUUGAAGAAGGCCAUGGCCCCAGUCCUGAGCGAUGUGACUGUGGAGUGGGUCUUCCCAGAGACCACCGAGGUCCUGAUCUCACCAGUCAGCACCAGCUCCCUCUUCCCUGGAGAACGGCUGGUGGGAUAUGGUAUUGUGUGUGAUGCCUCCUUGUACAUCUCCAAUCCUAGAUCU